GACAUUUUCCCCCACAUCUUGAAUCUACGGCGAGCCUCUGAUCGAACGCUCCUUUGAGACUGCACGUCAUUCACCAGCGAGACACAAUUGGUCGGGAAGGCCAGACGAAGAAUGUUCUUCGAGCAGACUGACAGGGAAAGAAUGCGAAGUGAAGGUCUAGAGUGCAGGGAAGAAACAAAGAACGCGACGAGAGAGAGUGAGAGGGAAAGAGAGAGAGCGAGAGAGAAGGAAACAAGAGAAAAGAGAGGAAGAGAGAGGAAGCGCGAGAAAGGAAAGGGAACGUGCCGAUGCGCCAACCCACCACCGGCCCCUCUUUUCGCAGGAAUUAGAAAUUAAUAUAACGAGUGUCAGUCGGAAUCAAGCUCGUCGGGAGUCGGAGGGCGACAGCACAUGCGCUCUCGGUUACUCGCAAAUGCAAUUAAGAUGAAGGACCCUGUUUCGAGCUAAC